GAGGCACCGCCCCUAAAAUUUGGUGGUGUUGUGACCCACGUCUCGGACGCCUGGGGCGCUACCAUGGCGGUGCGACAGGCGCUGGGCCGAGGCCUGCAGCUGGGUCGAGCGCUGCUGCUGCGCUUCACCGCCAAGCCUGGCCCGGCCUACGGCUGGGGGCGGCCCGAGUGGCCGGGCCCCGCGGCGGUCCGGGGCCGCGGAGAGCGCCCGGGCCAGGCCGCGGGGCCCGUCGCGGAGCCACGCAGGCUCGGGCUCCCCGACCGCUACCGCUUCUUCCGCCAGUCGGUGGCCGGGCUGGCGGCGCGGCUCCAGCGGCAGUUCGUGCUGAGAGCCCGGGGCGGCGCGGGCCCUUGCGGCCGGGCAGUCUUUCUGGCUUUCGGGCUGGGGCUGGGCCUGGUCGAGGAGAAGCAGGCGGAGGGCCGGAGGGCAGUCUCUGCCUGUCAGGAGAUCCAGGCAAUUUUUACACAGAAAAGCAAGCUGCUCCCUGACCUACUGGACACUAGACGCUGGCAGGGCUUCCAGCUGGACGAGUAUCUGAUCGGGCAGCCCAUUGGCAAGGGCUGCAGUGCUGCUGUGUAUGAAGCCACCAUACCUGUGUGGCCCCGGGACCUGGAGGUGGCAAAGAGCCGGGGGCUCCUUCCAGGGAGAGGCCCAGACAUCAUCCCCCGAGGAGAAGAGAGGGAGCAGGCUCCACAGGCACCUGCCUUCCCCUUAGCCAUCAAGAUGAUGUGGAACAUCUCGGCCGGCUCCUCCAGCGAAGCCAUCUUUAGCGAGAUGAGCCAAGAGCUAGUCCCAGCCAGUCGCGUGGCCUUGGCCGGGGAGUAUGGAGAAGUCACUCACAGAAAAUCCAACAGAGGUCCCAAGCAACUGGCUCCUCACCCCAACAUCAUCCGGGUCCUUCGCGCCUUCACCUCGUCUGUCCCACUGCUGCCGGGUGCCCUGGUCGACUACCCAGAUGUGCUGCCCCCACGACUUAACCCCGAAGGCCUGGGCCACGGGCGGACACUUUUCCUCGUCAUGAAGAACUACCCCUGUACCCUGCGCCAGUACCUCCGCGAGAACACCCCAAGCCCCCGCCUCGCCACCGUGAUGCUCUUGCAGCUCCUGGAAGGGGUGGACCAUCUGGUUCAACAGGGCGUCGCACACAGAGACCUAAAAUCUGACAACAUCCUCGUGGAGCUGGAUGCAGACGGCUGCCCCUGGCUGGUGAUCUCGGAUUUUGGUUGCUGCCUGGCCGAUGAGUGCAUCGGCCUACAGUUGCCUUUCACCAGCCGGUACGUGGACCUGGGCGGAAACGGCAGCCUGAGGGCUCCUGAGGUGUCCACGGCCCGCCCUGGGCCCCGGGCGGUGGUCGACUACAGCAAGGCCGAUGCCUGGGCAGUGGGAGCGCUCGCCUACGAAAUCUUCGGGCUCGCCAACCCUUUUUACGGCCAGGGCAGAGCCCCCCUGGAAAGCCGCAGCUACCAAGAGGCUCAGCUGCCUGCACUGCCCGAGGCGGUGCCCCUAGCCGUGAGGCAGCUGGUGAGGGCGCUGCUCCAGCGGGAUGCCAGCAAGAGACCGUCCGCCCGUGUAGCUGCCAACGUGCUUCACUUAAGCCUCUGGGGUGAGCGUACUCUAGCCCUGAAGAAUCUGAAACUAGACAAGAUGAUCGCCUGGCUCCUGCAACAAUCGGCGGCCACCCUGCUGGCCAACAGGCUCACGGAGAAGAGCUGCGUGGAGACAAAAAUGAAGAUGUUGUUUCUGGCCAACCUGGAGUAUGAGGCGCUGUGCCAGGCAGCCCUCCUCCUCCACUCCUGGAGGGCGGCCCCGUGACAGCCGAUGUAGCUGGUGCAUUACUAAAAGCUUGGCAGCAACUAUGUCGUGAUGGUCUGUGAAUGCUGAGGGAGGGGGUCCGCGGUGAGGGGAGGAGUCAGGAGAAAAGAUGGCGCAGAGGGGGCUGGUCAGUGGGAGAGAAGGCCUCUGGUUUGGCAAACAGGAGUAAGUUGAGUGAGGUUCCUGGUGUGUCGCUAUUAACUCUAGCUGUGCGACUUUGGAUGCGUCAUAUAACCUGUGUGGUCUGCAUGGUCUUACCGGUAGAGUGAAGGAGCUGGUGUAUUUAGGAAUUGGCAAACCCUUCCCGACGGGCCGGGGAGUGAACGGCCAGGCUGCCGCGGCUGCCCAGCUGUCUCCCAGAAGCACAGAAGCAGUCUCCAAUAUGUGGAGCUGCGUGCCAGUAACAGAGCUUUAUUUAUGGACACUGAAAUCGGAAUUUCAUGUGUCACUUAAAUAGCCCUAAGUUUUUAAAACCAACUAAAAACGUCAAAACCAUUUUUUUUUUGCCUGCAGGCCAUACAAAAAACAGGCAACAGGCUGGUUUGGCCCACAGUCCAGUUUGCCAACCCCUGGUCUAGAUGAAUUCAAAGGAUCUAACUCUAAAGAAGCGCUGACUAAUCACUAGGCCCGUGUACGGAUGCUACAGAUCCGAAGGGAGGCAUUCCCUGCCAGGUGAGAGGACACCCUCAGGUGUUAACCGCUGGCCGCAGAGCCCUACCUUUGCUCACGUUCCGUCUUCACAGACCUCUGAGGAGCUCGUGGCUGAGCUGGGCUUUUAGAUGAAGCUGGGCCAAGGAGGGGUGGACCUGCACCCCCUUUGUAGAGAGGAUCCAGGCCAAGGCAGUGCUGUUGCUGGCAUGUUACCUGCACUAAAGCAAACGUUGGCACAGGUCAGUACACUCAGGUAUCAGUGGGUAAACGGCAGGCCUGACAGCGGAGCGCCUCAGCACCUCCGCUGUGCACUCUGAACGCCCCGGGGGGUUCCAAGGAAGCAUUCCCAGGGGGUCCUCUGGCCACUGAAUUGAGUCUAGCAGAGCUAAACAGCGAUGAAAGUAAAUUACCAGCGUAGUGACUUGUACUUGCCAAUUUCCUCCUGACUAGCAUUUCGUGACAGGAAUUGUGAAGAAUUAAAUGCACACUUAAAACUGCA